AUGGCCGAGAGCAAGUGCUGCGCCAAGUGCAGCCAGCACUUCCCGGAGAGUGCCCUUGUGCAGAAGAGCGCGAACUACCACCUCUGUCCGCUUUGCAACCGCCUCACAGCGUACCUCGCCCGGCUCGAGAUCCCUAGCGCCUUCAACACACUCAGCGACACCGAGGUUGCCAGCUUCUACGUCGGAGCCAGAGACACAGUGAAGUGUGCCGGCAACGCUCACGUCGUGACCUCACCUGUUCCUGGCAUCGUCGCAGAUUGCCGUCAAGUAGAGAACGGAGAUUACUACAUCUUCGUGCAGCCCUAUGACCGGGCACCUGGCUUUGGGUCGACCGUAAAGGGCGAGCUGUGGACACUAACCGCUGCAGCCAAGCCGGUGCCGGUGCGCUUCAGGAGCAGGCAACCCGUUCUCUGUGCUUCGUUCUGGAGCUUCGACGACAAUGGUCUGCUGGUGUUGCCCUAA